AUGCGGGUGAAACCGGGGACCCUGAACACUCGGCCACAGUCUUCUUCCUUCGUUUUUGGAGAGAAACCCACACUAGUCACCCCUCCCGUUGGGUUGCACUACCAUGGGAGAUGGAAGUGCAUUGGUGGUCGGGGAAGAGGAUGCAUCGCCAUCACCGCUACUGUCCUCUUUCACUCCCAACCUCACGAAAAGUUUGUGGUGUUAGUCUCGGAUGAAGAGAUCCAGGAAAUCUUCACUGAAGCUGUGAGGUUGAUGGACUCAGUAACAACCAGGGCAGCACCACAGGUCUAUCAAGUCAAGGAUUACCGAGGUUGUGAACAUUCCCACGUGAUAUGCGUGGGGGUUGAAGACUCAUGGAUGGUUGAGGGGAUCUCCCGAGCUGUCCAGACACUCUUCAUUGUCGACGGUGGAACUUCUGCUGCAGCACGGAGCCGAAUGGGCCUCUGGAUGGAGAUGGAACGAAGAGGCCUCCUCCUUCAUCGUCCUCUACCAUCUACCAAUGCCCUUGCAUCCCUCUCGGAUAACGACUGGAAGGCAUUGGAUCAAAUAAGCCAAUUUCUAAUGAUUCCUAAGGAAGGAGGAAUGGAUGAAGAUGGAAUGAGAGAGAAUUCACCUCCAAAAGGGGCGACAAGGAUUUUUGCCAUGGGGAGUGUUGAAGACGGGCGAGUGGGGAUAUGGGAAGUCUACAGGAAAACGCUUUGGGUCCAGGACGCUCAUUCAGCAAGGGAUACAUUCCUCGCCCACUCCGGCAUGCUUAUCCACGGGACAGGGGGGGAAGUACAGAUUCUUCAUCUUGAGGGGAAGGAUUGGCGUGAGGCCCCUCACGGAUGGGAUUACAAACUCCCCAUACCCCAGCCUUUUUUCGUGGAAGGGACGAUGGGGGUGGGGAUGUGGGACUCUUUCUUUCUUGCGGGAGGGAAGAGAAAUCCCCGUUCAGGACUCCGACUGGCUCUUCACAGUAACCAAUGGGUGGAGCUCCCGAAUAUGAUGACGGGGAGGUGGGAAGCAUCUACGGUGAUGUUGGACCCCCACACAAUCCUCGUCUUGGGAGGGAUGGACCUCGAAAAGGGCAUAACACACUCCAGUUGCGAGUUUUUGGACUUGAGAACGGAGCAAUGGUCUCCCUUUCCCCUAAACAUCCCCAUUCCCGUCUCUAAUCAUGCAACGACCCUCUACGGUGAUCAUGUAUACAUCUCGGGGGGAAUUGAUGGGAGGGAAUCUAGGGGGACGGUGUGGAGGUGUAGGGUGAGUGGGGAAGGUCCCGUCGACACUCUUUCCUCUUUACAGUUCAGCAGACAUGAUCAUGGGAUGAUGGGAGACGGCGUAGGGGGACUAAAAGUCAUCGGCGGGAGACAUGUAAGGGUGGGGGAAGAGAUCGUGGAUGUCCUCUUAACAGAGACGCUGACCCUGGAUGGAAGAAGAGAAUGGAAGCACAAACCCAAACUUCCCUUCGUUAGUUUGUGGAAGGCGAGUUUAAUGAACUUGAUCAGUUGA